UGCAUCUUUGUUUUCUACAGAAAUGGGCCGUACACCUGACAAUUUAUCCCUCAAAAGAAGACGACCUGACCCAAAUUCUACCUCUCCAAGUCUAAAUGAUUCGGAACGUGUUCUCUAUGACCUGAUCAAAAGCAAGCAAGACAUGGGAAUCUGGAUAGGUGACAUGAAACGAGAAACAAAACUUCAAGACGCGCUUGUCAAAAAGUCCCUUAAGUCCCUUCAAGGAAAGAAGCUGAUAAAGGAGGUUGUGAGCAUCCAAAAUAAAGGGAAAAAACACUAUAUGGCAGUAGAGUUUGAACCCUCUAAGGAACUCACUGGUGGUGCAUGGUAUGUGGAAGGGAACCUAGACACUGAUUACAUAAAGCUUCUUAAAGAGCUAUGCUUGAGGCAUGUCUCCAAGAUGAAGGUCGUCACAACUGAAGGGAUAACAGAGUCAAUUCGUAGAUCUGGUGUCAUUAAAGUUGAGUGCACCACUCAGCAAAUAGCUGAAAUCUUGCGGGUUUUGGUUCUGGACAAUGAAAUCAUGGAGUUGAGGAGCACUGCGAUGGGUGAAUUUGCCUCUAUACCAGUGGGAACAGUUUGCUACAAGUGCUCAGCUAAAGGAGCCCCAGCGGGAGGGGUUUCAAAAACAGGUGCCAUGGCUUCAAUCCCAUGUGGAGUCUGUCCACGGAUAACUGAGUGCACACCAGAUGGUCUUAUCUCUCCAAGGACUUGUGUAUACUUCACUAAAUGGUUGGAUUUUUAGGUCUCCAAAUUUCCGGGCUGCGAUGGAUCAGUCCUGAUUACAGGCACAUCUGCUGAGAGGAGUGCAUUGCCAAACCAAGGAUUAAGAGGCUUUGAAGUGAUUGAUGAUGCCAAAGCACAACUGGAGAGCUUGUGCCCCGGGAUUGUCUCAUGCGCCGACAUAGUUGCAUUAGCCGCUCGUGAUGCUGUGGCCUUGGUAAUUUGAUCUAACCAUUACAAAUCCAAACACACAAUUAACAUAAUUGUAACAAUUAACAUAAGAGCCAUUCUUAAGGAUUCUUUGUAAUGAAUUUGGAUGUGCUGGUCUUAGACAACAAUGACUGUAGUCUUAUUCAAGCCUUAUUUCCAGCCAGCCUAGCCAUCUUGUCCAGUUAGACCUGGCCUAGUUAGCUCGGGCUGGCUACCUGUAGAAGAGACUUGACACGCAGUGCUCAAGGGGUUCUUGCCUAAGUGGUCUUCCAUAAAAUAUUCUCUUAUUUC